AUGGCUGUUUUGGGAAUGCCAUCCGGUGCUACGGGUGAACGACAGCCACUUACCGACAAGAACAAAACCGACCAGGGGAACUUGGACAAAGACCUCGAUCCUGUGUAUCAAUCCAUGAAUCGGCUGUUCCUGUGCAGUACGAAUUUCCGGAACAGCGGAAAUCGCUUGACAACGUGCUGCUCACCAUCAAACCAGCGCCGAAUCCAAAUAGACCACAUCGCCGUCAAUUAUCGGUGGCGAGGGUCAAUCACCGCCUGCCGCUUCUUCUGGAACACCAGCGUAGACUCCGACCACGCACUUGUACGCUGCUGCUUUUCAGGUGUACUGAAAACGCGCACAUCUCGCUUAGCCACUGAGAAGCUAGUGGACUCAGAAGUCAAGCGAAACUAUCAGAACCAGCUCCUCGAAUACCUGUCGGACGUUAUGGUGCCGGAUAUAAACAGCCACUGGGAAAAAGUAUCCAAGGCGCUUCUCAAAUCAGAAGCGUCUGCUUACGGUACAACCCAGCCAACCUCAUUCAAGCAUUGGAUCUCUGAUAGGACCGUGUCCUUGCUGGAGACCCGGCAACAGAUUCCACCUGGUCGCCACCACAACUCCACCUGGCGCAUCAUCCGACGCCAGGUGAAACUGAGUGUCCACGCAAACCGAGAAGCUUGGUGA